CUGCUGCUGCAGCGCGAGGAGGAGGGCGGCGCGGAGCCGCUGCUGGCCCGGGGCCACCUCCACUUCCUCUGGAUCAAGCACGCCAACCUCUACCUGGUGGCCGUCACCAGGAAGAACGGCAACGCCGCGCUGGUCUUCGCCUUCCUCUACAAGCUGGUCGAGGUUUUCUGCGAGUACUUCAAGGAGCUGGAGGAGGAGAGCGUCCGCGACAACUUCGUCAUCAUCUACGAGCUGCUCGAUGAGCUCAUGGACUUCGGCUUCCCGCAGACCACGGACAGCAAGAUCCUGCAGGAGUACAUCACCCAGGAGGGCAACAAGCUGGACACGGGCCGCUCGCGCGUCCCCACCACGGUCACCAACGCCGUGUCCUGGCGCUCCGAGGGCAUCAAGUACAAGAAGAACGAGGUCUUCAUCGACGUCGUGGAGUCCGUGAACCUGCUGGUGAAGCCGCUCAUCUGGAUCGAGUCCGUCAUUGAGGAAUUCUCAUACAGCCGCGUGGAGAUCCUGGUCAAG